AUGCCAUCCAAGAACUCUAUCAACAGGCCCAAACAGCAGAUCAACCUUAACCGGAAAGUGCACUCGCUAGCUAAAAAGAGAGAUGCCAUGGAUCGUGCCGGUCUUUUGAAGCCUGCUCGGUCAUCUGAAGAGUCCAAGUCAGGAUUGGCAAAGUCCAUUCCCGUUGAGCUCUACAGAGGCGGAAAGCUCUCAGCUGGGCCUCUUACAACCAAGACGCUCUCGAAGAAAAGGGCCAAAAAGAUAGAAAGAAAUAUAAAAUACGCUGAGCAAAGAAAACUUCUAGUGGACGUUCAGAAAAAAGCCGACGAUAGCAUGGAUUUGGACCUGGACAGCAAAAAACAAACGGUCGCUCCAAAAAGUCAGCUCGAAAGGGUGAAGGCUGCACUAUUCAAGGCCGUGGAAGACACCUCGAGCAGCGGCUUGGUUUUGGACGCCGGUGCCGGUACCACCCUAGGAGGGCCUUUUUUCCCAUGA